GUUCCGGCCAGCUUACAUACACCUUUCCAUACAGCCGUAUUACCAACGCUGCUACGUAGCUACCUGGGAAAUAAAAGCUGUAGUCCAUCCCACUUCGCUUGAGGCUUUUCUUCAAGAUGGAACCUCCGGCGAACCUUCACCCACGCCGUAGUAUCCUGGAUAGACCUAUCCUCAUAGCUAUUCCUAUUCUAAUCGGAUUAUUCAUCACUCGAUCACCUUUCUUCAUGUCGGCCCCGGCUCUAGAUAUCGCUGCCGCUGACGGCAAGCCCUGGGCGGAUACUCCUAUCAAGCUGGUUGCGACCCCUCAGUAUGAGACUAAGAAGACCGACAUCUUCACCACGGGAGCAACACACAUGGCCCUCCUCCACAACGCCAUCCUCCGCGGCUUCAACUCGGUAUAUCUACAAGCGCCACACGUCAAGCCCACCGACAACUCGGACUUCAUCGGCUACGCGCUCACAUGGCAUAAAUUCGUAGCCACCCACCACGACGACGAGGAAGCCACCCUCUUCCCCAAAGUCGAGGCCGUCCUCAACGACCCCGCCAUCUGGGCCGGCACCCACAAGGAACACGAAGCCUUCCUAGGCGGCCUCGCUAAAUUCGAAAAGUAUCUCCGCGACGUGGAAUCUCAGCCUGCGAGCUUCGACGGGAAGGAAUUAGUCAGUAUCAUGGACGGCUUUAAAGACUCGUUCGACGAGCACUUUCACAGCGAAAUCAAGACGAUCGCGGAUCUGGCAGACCAUCCUAAUGCGCCGAAACCAGGGUCUGCUGAGGAAACGGAGGCGUCGCUGAUGUUUAAGGCUUGGGGGAAGAGCACGGUUACGAAGGCUGGGACUCUUGAUGUCGUGCCGUUCUUUUUGUUGAACUUGGAUGGCGAGGUCGAGGAGGGGAGGUGGGAGAAUUGGCCGCCUAUGCCGGCGCCGAUUAGAUGGGGGCUAGUAAAUAUUGCCGGAGCGUGGCAUUCGCGUUGGUGGAAGUUUAGCUCUUGUGCGGCGGGUAGACCGAGGAAGUUGUAUGCGCUUGAGUAGGAAGUGAGGUGAGGGAGUGGCUUGAUACCCGGUUGGUUUUUGUAUUGGUUAAAUUUGGAACGCGGACUAGGGCUUGGACUUGGGAUUUGGUUAGGUGCGUUUGAUAUUGAUAUAAUUGGUAAUGACUCCACUUUAAGGGCGAUUUCAAUCAUAGCGUUGUGAAGGCAUUCCCC